GACGGACAGACUCCAGUCAUUUUUGCUCCCUCCUCCAACAUUUUUCGGCUAAAAACGCCACAGAAAACACAUCAAGAUGGGAUUUGGCAACAUCAAGUCGAAGGACGGACAGAAGCAGCUGAACGACUUCCUUGCAGACCGUAGCUACAUCGAAGGCUAUGUGCCGUCUCAGGGAGACGUGGUGGUGUUUGAGGCCAUGUCAGGAGCUCCCUCUGCUGACCUGUGCCAUGCACUGCGCUGGUUCAACCACAUCUCAUCAUACAACAAACAGGAGAGGCAGAGCUGGCCUGGAGUGAAGCAGCCACUGGGUAACUACGGACCGAAGGGCGGGGCUGCCGCACCAGCAGGGGGUGAUGAUGAUGACGACGAUGAUGAUGACAUCGAUCUGUUCGGAUCUGAUGAUGAGGCUGAUGCUGCAGCAGAAAAGUUGAAGGAAGAACGUCUGGCCGCCUACGCAGCCAAGAAGUCCAAAAAGCCCGCGCUCAUCGCCAAGUCCAUGAUCAUCCUGGACGUGAAACCGUGGGACGACGAGACCGACAUGUCGGAAGUGGAGAAAUCUGUCCGCUCCAUCCAGACAGAUGGGCUGGUCUGGGGAACAUCCAAGUUGGUUCCUCUGGCCUAUGGCAUCAAGAAGUUACAGAUCAGUUGUGUUGUGGAGGAUGACAAGGUUGGAACAGACUUCCUGGAGGAAAGCAUCACCGCGUUCGAAGACUAUGUCCAGUCGGUUGACGUGGCUGCCUUCAACAAGCUGUAGUGUGUUUUCUGCUGCCCUCACCGCAUACCUGCCACAGCUGAACACCCAGCACCCACUCUAACUUGGCUGAUCAGAUUUCUCACCUUUAAUGAUCACCACCAUUUCUAACUAACUAUACAGUCCCUCUACUAGCAUGUUGGCACCUAAAGUUUUCAAAUGUUGUGUCAGAAAUGAUUCUGAUGCAAUGUUGACCAAACAUCCAAGACAUCCACUGUCUCAGAAUGACGGCUACACAACUUGGAGAAGAAGUGGAAAAACAACAAAAGUAACAUCAGCCAUUUUAGUGAGGGUGCUUUAUACCAUCAUCCUCAGCUGUAUCUGGUUACAACCCCUCUGUGCAACAUCGGAAAUAAACAUGAAAAAUUA